AUGCAGCCUGCACUCCCCACCAUCAGCUGGCUAGUGCGGAAAGUGGAGUGGCCUUGUCCCAUCUUCUUUGAGAGGACUCGGUCCAAACCCAUUCUCACGGGAACGCACCCUGUGAACACUACUGUGGACUAUGGUGGGACCACGUCAUUCCAGUGCAAGGUCCGCAGCGACGUCAAGCCCGUCAUCCAGUGGCUCAAAAGGGUGGAGUACGGCACAGAGAACAAGUACAACUCCACCAUUGAUGUUGGGGGGCAGAAGUUUGUCGUGCUCCCCACUGGGGAGGUCUGGUCCCGUCCCGAUGGCUCCUACUUAAACAAACUGAUGAUAACACGAGCCAAAGAGGAGGAUGCUGGGAUGUACAUCUGCCUAGGGGCAAACACAAUGGGAUACAGCUUCCGCAGUGCUUUCCUCACGGUGUUGCCAGAUCCCAAGCCACCAAGCGCCCCUGUGGCCCCAUCCUCCGCUACCAGCCUGCCAUGGCCAGUGAUCAUCGGGAUCCCCGCUGGAGCGGUCUUCAUCUUUGGGACGAUCCUCCUGUGGCUCUGCCAGGCCAAAAAGAAGCCCUGCUCUCCCCCAGCUGCAGCGCCCGUGCACAGACCGCAGGCCAGAGACAGGAUCUGUAUCUCUCAGGGUCCUGACAAAGACUGCGUCUCCUCCAUAAACUAUGAGGAAUAUGUCGCCCACCAGCAGCAUUUGCUAUCCCAAGGGCCUGCGUUGGCCCCAGCCAUGGCAUCGAAAAUGUACCCAAAGAUUUACACAGACAUCCACACUCACACGCACUCACAUGUGGAAGGCAAAGUUCACCAGCAUCAGCACAUUCAUUAUCAAUGUUAAAGGGCAGCCAGAGACCGUAGCUUAUUGGUGCUUUUUUCUCACGGUACCUCAGAACAGACUGCUUCGAGUCAGCUAACACUGCCAGCAAAAGGUAAAGUGAACAGAGGAGGGAGCGAGAGAGAGAGAAAGAGAUUUUUUUUUUGUUAUUAUUACCAUUAGGAUGUAGAUGAGGAAUAAUGAAGGAAUUCCCAAUCUCAGCUCAAAGGCGGCCAUCUAAAACAAUGGAAACUUCUUGUAUAUCUAAAUCAAGAUGGAAACAGAUAAGGCAGGAAGCUGUGACAUGAAACACCACCGACCCUGUUGCAUUGCCAAGCAGAGGAAGAAGAAGAGGAGAACGCGAUGAUAUUGCAGUUCCUGCCUCUAGCACAUGCCACCUGUUUUGGUGCAAGGCCCAUCAGACGUCUUACCCUUGGGAAUGUACAGAAGAGCCCUUUAUCUCAGAGUGGCUGAAGCUUGGAAGUAGCUGAGAUGUAGUGCCAAAGCACCAGGAGACUGUAAUCAACUGAAACAAUCAAUUGCCCAAUUUCAAAUAAAAAAAUAAGCAGAAGAGUUUCUGGAAAACACAUUUCUAUUUUCAAUGUGAAACUCACAUGCAUCUCGCCAGCAGUAAUUUUGCCUGACAGUCAGUGAUAACUUAGCUGGCUGGUUCCAUUUCUGCAAAUCAAGGGUAUUGUGGUUUUCCCCAAGGGGGCACUGCUUGAAAUCUUUAAAAAUGUUCAACUCACCCCCAAUGCUAUGACUCAGUGCUACUGCCAGGAAGAAGGAAGGAAGGACAUUGUACAAUGCAACUUUAUAUUUAUAUUUAAGAAAUAAUAAUUAAUAAUAUCUGAAUUGCUGAAGGUCAAGGAAAGAAAACGUGCUGCCCUUUUUUGAUGCCGCUAGCUGUGAUUUUCAAUCAGAUCUUCAUGGCUUAUAGUGACAAGCUACUGGAUUAACUGUGUCAAUGAAAAAUAAAUGAACAAGUAAAAAUAAAAAGAGAGAGAGAGAGUGAAAAUUACUGUUUAUGGAAGAAUGAAUUUGCUCAAUAUGCACCUAGGGUUGUGUGUGGUUUUUCUUUCCAGAUAAUGUUUUACAGUUGAUUCAAACAAUCUCAUUUCAGUUUCGUUUAAAACAACAAAGAAAGAAAGAAAGAAAGACCGUAUUAAUACCUAUAUGGACUAGAAAUGAAUUCAAUCACAAAUAUAAAACCUUUGUAAUUCUAUAUAGAGUUUAAACAGAAGUCAUGUAUAUUUAAUUUAUUUUGUUAAACAAGAAAAAAUAUGAUAUUUUCCUCAAAACAGGCAUUUCUAUACAUAUUUUUGAUCAAAGGAAAUAAAGAUGAAUUGGGGUUUUUUUUUCCAGGUUCUCAGAGGUGCCAUGCUCCAAAUAUAAGCAAUGUAACCUAUAACAGUACUUUAUUUAACCAAAUUGAAAGUCAUAUGUUUGUAUGCGUUUUUACAAUAGCCAUGUGUAAUUGUUCUGGCAGCAUCUCUGGCACUACAGGUGCCAUAAUUUCCAAUAGAAACUGCUAUUUUGUGCUGUUUAUAACCUGUUCGGAAAGUUUUGCUGUGGAUUGAUCACUGCCUCUGCACCCCAUGUUAUCCUGGCCUCAUUAACAAAGAGCUCAGACCACAAGAAAACUUGUUUCACUAUUUAUUUAAAAAGUUGGUUUGAUUUUUUUUCGGUUAACAUUAUAAGAAGUGAACUGGAGACCUGUGAUAUAAUCAAUAAUUCCUUUUAAAAGUGAAAUGUUCCUAGACUUGAGCCCAUCAAGUGGAACUCUGCCUCUGAGUGUUUUGGGGAGAAAAAAAUUACAAGUCUGGACAAAUUAUUUGAUCUCUAAAAGCAGCUUCUGAGCAUAAAACAUUCAGUAGAGAUGAAAUUCGCCACAGCAAGAGGAGCCUGCACAAGGCCCUCUGUACCACUUAAGCCCUCUGUUAAGGACUUAUGGCUCAAUCCUGCAUGAGGCCAAGUAUUCUGGCCUUGAUCCACCAAAGCACGUAACUUUGCAAACAUAGGGCCUGGUGCGCUGUGGUUAUUUUCCAUUGGGUUCAGUAUCAAUCAGAUCAGACCCAUCGAGGUUAAUGGGAAUACUCAGAUACUUAAAAAUCAGCACCGUUUUAAAUGCUUUGCUGGUCAGAGCCAGAGAGCUCAGCGCCUGACUGGCUGCAGCCUGUAAGUGGUGGGUAGGGCCUUCUGCACUGGUGUGAAUUUCACCCACAGGCUCUGGAAUAACACAGCGAGGGGUGUAUUGUACAUUUGUUCCCCGUGUUGCAUUCCUAGUGGUUGUAAUGGGAGUGGAACAAGUACAGCUUAUUAUAGCCCUUAUUGUGUACAGACUAUAGAUGGCUAUCAAGUCAAACCUUCACUCCGUUAGAGGAGAACCCAAGCCGGGUUUGAUUCCAUAAGGCCAUAAAGUUAGUCACUAAAUUCAGAUCUUGGAUGCUGGUGCAUCGGUUUCAGUGAGCAUCGUGAAUGAGCAUCCAUGUGCAUAACUGGGGUGUUGUAAGUACUGAUCUAACCCAAGAUUUGCUAAUGGCUGCACUUUACUGGGUGAGCCAUCCACACAUAGAAAAGUCUAUGCACAGUUUCUGUGUACAUCAACGAUGUUGUAAGAAGUCAGGAAACUGGUACACCUCUACCUCGAUAUAACGCUGUUCUUGGGAGCCAAAAAAUCUUACCGCGUUAUAGAUGAAACCAUAUUAUAUCGAACUUCCUUUGAUCCGCUGGAGCGCACAGCCCCACCCCCCGGAGCACUGCUUUACCGCGUUAUAUCUGAAUUCAUGUUGUAUCAGGUGGCAUUAUAACGGGAUAGAGGUGUAUUUCCAUGAGAGGCUGUAAGGGCUGUGGCAGAAAUGUCACCAUCUAUUGAGUCUACCUCUCAUACAAGUCUAUGAGAAGUUUGGUAUUUUUGUUACCAUAAUCUGCACAAAGCUAAUGCACAUUAAAGCAAUGUUAAGGGCACGACACAAAUCCAAAUUUAGAGACAAGGGGGAUAGUUCUUCCAGUGCUUUCUGGGCUGGGUGCUGUAGGCAGAGACCACAGAGUUUCACAUGCCAGACAUGCUGCAAUAGCUUUACUGCUAUUGCUUUAAAAGUAUGGUGGACUCAGCACUCCUGCGUGGCCUCACUUUGAGUGAACCAUGAGAGACUGCCACAUGACAUUGCCAAGAUGGCAGCAGUAUCUCUGACAGGUACUGAUACAUUGUCAUUUUUUAGUUAAAAGUAAUCUAUUUAUCAUACGUCAUUGUGUUCCAUCCCAAAUCGCGUUCUUAUUCUCCAUUGACUCUCUACCCCCUUUCAUCCUGAAGCUUCAUAAUCUUCUUUAAUGGAAUGAAAAACUUUAAAAUGUUGCCAGCUGGUCCAAAUGGAGGGAUUAUCUUUUCCAUCUUGGAAGUAGGCCUUCACCAAGUGCCCUUCAAAGCUCCAGUCUUUAAAAUGCUAGUCAUGGGUGUAGUUGUGAGGAGGGUGGUAACAGGAAAAAAAUUAAGGCAAUCGCAGGUAGUUCACCACCACCAUCAACAUAUUGGUUGUGCAGAGGCCAAGAACAAUUGUGGUUCUCGGCCAAGAUUUUGAGAAGUCACUAGAGAUUUUGCGUACCCAACUUGAGACAUCUUAAGGGUCCUGUUUUUCACAAAGUGCUGAGCUCCUACCCUCUGAACAUCAGCCUCCUUUAAAGGCCCUCAGGUUGGAUAAUCAAAAAUUGAGGCACCACGAACCACUGGUCACUUUUGAAAAUGUUGACCAACAUUGUGCUUAUCUAGGGAUAAGGUCUGUGUGAGACUGGUGCCGCUAGCAGUGUAAGCUCCCUCAGAUGGGGUGAGGAGGACAUCACUAUGGCCCUAGGCCAUCCCCACUUCAGCUUGGGAAGUGAAAUAUAUGUCACCACCAACGCCCAUAUCCCUCUCUUCCAAAGAGGUAGGUGAAAGUCACCCCAUGCAGAAGGCCAGCACGAAAGCUCUUAAGCCCAGGAUAAACUAUGAAAAUAGGGCUUGAAUGGGACUUAAGCAUUGCCUUGGCUUGGGUUGGCUCUGCACACAUGGGUGAACUUCACCCUUUAGACAGUCUUUUGCCUCCAUGAGGCAAUGUGCCUCCUUGAGCUCUUGUUGGGGCUCACUCUGUUUCACCCAACAUGGGCCAUUCAUAUGCAGGGCUGAAUUGUGCCUUACAGGAAACACAAAGCAUUCCUAUGUCUAAAUAAGUUCAGUGAGAGUUUGCUCUUAGUCACCCAGAUGUGCAUCCAUUUUUUUCCCAGCGAGACAGAAUGUGGCCUGACCUCUUUUAAAUAAAUAGAGAACAUUUUAAAAGAAUGGUGGACUUGCUAAAGCUACCUACCAUUGACCCUACUUUGAAUUCAGAAGCUUGAUAUAUAUACAAACACAUCAGUCUAUGGCAUAGAAAGUGGGCCUCACUUUUAAAGGCACAAAACUGGAGGAUCAAAGAGAAAAACCAGGCUUAAUAUUGAACAUCCUUGUUACUUUGUUUGUGUGGCACACUGAACAUGGCCUUAAAUGUCAUUUUUUGUGUGUGGUGUCUUUAAACUUUGUAUUGACAAUCUUUGUACAGUCAGCCCUUUUAAGGUGAAAGCUUUAUCAGACAUUUACAAAUAAAAAGUGUGAUGUCAUUUUCAAGCAGUGGGAAAAUAAGCUAAUUAAAGAUAUUGGAAGGAGAA